AUGGUACUGAACCCUCCCAUAUGCAUUAUGAAGAUGAUGAGAACUACUUCCGGGGCUAUGAAUGGUGGCUGAUGAAAGAAGCUAAAAAGAGGAACCCCAAAAUUAAACUAAUUGGAUUACCUUGGACAUUUCCGGCAUGGAUAGGGAAGGGUGAAAACUGGCCCUAUGACUAUCCAGAUGUCACUGCUUACUAUAUUGUUUCUUGGAUACUGGGAGCUAAACAGUAUCAUGAUUUAGAUAUAGAUUAUGUUGGGGUAUGGAAUGAAAGGGCAUUUAGUAGCAAAUAUAUUAAGGUACUUCGAGAAUCUUUGGACAGACUGGGUCUAAGGAACAUUGGCAUCAUCGCUGCGGAUGGAGAUUGGAACGUUUCAAAGGAGAUGAUAGUUGAUCCCUAUCUUAAUGAUGCUGUUGAGGUAGUCGGGGCUCACUAUCCUGGAACAAAAACGGUGCCAAAUGCCUUAUUAACUAAGAAGAAACUGUGGUCCUCAGAAGAUUACAGUACUUUCAAUGAUGAAGUAGGUGCAGGCUGCUGGGCUCGGAUCCUGAACCAAAACUAUGUGAAUGGAAACAUGACCUCCACCAUUGCAUGGAACUUGGUGGCUAGUUAUUAUGAAGAGUUGCCCUUCGGUCGAUGUGGAUUAAUGACAGCACAAGAGCCAUGGAGUGGCCACUACAAAGUAGAAGCUCCGAUCUGGAUUACAGCGCACACAACGCAAUUUACUCAGCCGGGCUGGUCAUACUUGCAAGUGGAUGGACACUUAGAAGGAGGUGGCAGUUUUGUAGCUCUGACAGAUGGCCUAGGAAACCUUACCAUCAUCAUUGAAACUAUGACUCAUAAUCACUCUCAAUGUAUCAGGCCUCCACUGCCUCAUUUCAGUGUGACACCUCAGAGAGCAACUUUCUACCUCAAAGGAUCAUUUUAUAUGGUUCAGUCUCUUCAAGUGUGGCAUUCUAGACUUGGUUUUGAAUCUGGAAACUCUAGUCUUUUCCAGCAACUCCAUCCUGUAAAGGUGUGGAAGGGAAGAUUUUCUUUAGAUCUAAACGUGGAUGAAGUCUACACUUUAACCACACUCAAGACAGGGCAGAAAUGUGGUUGCCCACAGCCUCCACCACCUCAGCCCUUUCCUUCAAAUUACAAAGAUGAUUUCAAUAUUCGAAAUCCACCUUUCAGUGAAGCCCCAAAUUUUGCAGAUCAGACAGGGGUAUUUGAGUACUUCAUAAAUGCUUCUGACCCAGGAGAUCAUGUGUUCACACUUCGCCAGGUGGUGAUUCAGCGACCCAUCACUUGGGCUUCUGAUGCAGACCAGACCAUCAGUCUCAUAGGAAAUUUUCAGUGGGUAAACAUGACAGUCACUUGUGACAUCUACAUAGAAAAACGACGUGAUGGGGGCGUGUUUAUUGCAGGAAGAGUCGACAAUGGUGGGAUAUAUGUUCGACGUACCAAAGGAGUUUUCUUCUGGGUUUUGGCAGAUGGCACCUACAGAGUCACAGCUGACCUAGCUGGAGAAGAAAUAUUAAUGAAAGGACUUUCUGGUGUUCGUGAUAAUGCGUGGCACACACUAACUCUCAACAUUCAGGGCACUUCUGCCUCAGGACUGUUAAAUGGUUACCCACUCUGGGAGAAUGUCACCAUUUCUAAACCAAGUAACGGCUGGGCUGCUAUUGGAACUCGCUCAUUUGAGUUUGCACAGUUUGACAAUUUUCAUGUUGAAGCUAGCUGA